AGCGUUGGAGUUUGUAUUCAAAAUAUAUAUCGGCUUCAAAUAUCGGUCUCCUUGACUACAGAUCACUUGGGAACAAUUUGGGGGGGAAAAAAAUUCUGUUGAGUUAGAUUUUAUCUGCAAACACAACGCAAACAUAGUAGGAAUUAAGAGGAUUUGUGCCAUAUCCUUGGUAAAACAUAAUAGUGUUAAAUAAACAUUGCAGUGCAGAAGUCAAAAAUAUUAUUAUUAUUUUUACUGCAAAGUAUACCUGUUUUGAUAACUUGGCAUAAUAAUUUUAAAGAAGGCUGGCAAAAGACACAACACAUUCGCAACAAAUCGUUCGUGUAGCAAACGUCAAACAAUUCUCUUAAAUAAAGCCAUGGAUGGGGAAUAUCUUGCUUCUUCUUUUACGUCAGCAUCGUUAAUACCCCUUGGGUCAUGUUCCUCCAUGUCGUUGUUGUCGCUGUCACGGUUACCCAGCCCGGGUGAAGGCUUUGCUCUCUCCUGAGAUGAGGAGGCGGAAGAAAAUAACUUCUCGUCAUUUCUUGUUCGCAGCGUGUGCUCAACAAGCAGGAACAAGCCCUGUUGCUCCUCACAUACCAGAUAUCAUCCAUAGUUUGGCUGUGUAUGACUGACGACAAAUCCGGGUGUCCUCUGCUUCUCGCCCGAACUCAGCUGCAUUGGCUCCAUCUUACCCGUAGCACUGAAAUUGGAUGGAUAAAUCAUUUUUUUUAAAUGUUUGACAUCACCUAAUAUUUCUUUAAGAUGUGCUUUCAGGCUAUUAAACAUUUUUAGCAUUUUUAGUCAAGUGGUUAAUACUCAUUUUCAAACUGUGCAUAAUGUUACAGUGGCAUAUCCAGUAAUAAUAUUACAUACAUAUACAGUGCCGUGAAAAAGUAUUAGCCCUUUUUUUUUUUUUUUUGCAUAGUUUCCCCACUUUGUUUAAGAUCAUCAAACAAAUGUAAAUAUCAGACAAAGAUAACUCAAGUAAACAUAAAAUGCAGUCUCAUUACAUAUACACACACUCGUGGCAUAAAUGUAACACAGAAUUUCCUUUGUUUGCAAUGACAGGUUCAACACGCCUCCUGUAUGGAGAAACUAGUCGCAUGCAUCGCUCUGUUGUGAUUUUGGCGCAUUCCUCCACACAAGUAGUCUUUAAAUCUUGAAGGUUCCGUGGGCUUCUUUUUGGAUCUUGAGUUGCAGUUAUUUCCAUAGAUUUUGGAUUGGAUUCAAGUCAGGUGAUUGGCUGGGCCAUUUUUUUUCCUUUGAAACCAAUUAGGCGUUUUCGUUUUCGAGACGAAAUGUCCACCCUCAUUUCAUUUUCCUCAUUCUCGUAGAUGGCAGCAGAUUUUUGUCAAGAAUUGUCUCGGUACUUUUGCCCAUUCAUCCUUCCUUCAAUAAUGUGAAGUUUACCGGUGCCAUUUGUUGAAAAAUGGCUCCACACCGUCAUGUUCCCACCUGCCAACUUCACUAUUGGUAUGGUGUUUUUAGGGUGAUGGGCAGUGCCAUUUCUCCUCCAAACGCGGUGUGCAUUAUGGAGUUCAAUUUUGCUCUCAUCCGACCAGACUAUAUUCUCCCAGUAUUAAACUGCUCAUAAAGCUGCUGCCUCGUUUUUUUUUUAGCACUUAGGCCUACUACACGACCCUACUGUAUUUGAAUCUUGGCCAUGAUGUUGGUAGCCUCUAUUAUAUAUAGUUCGAGAACCAUUGGACUACAAUAUAAAUGCCACAAUUUAGGCAUAAAAUGUAAUAAUUCCUUGCACAAUAUUCGAUGAAUGCCGGGCCAAGGUAACUCUCUGCUGCGCUCUAGUGGUGAAAGUUAUUUGCAGUGUGUGCUUCGCCUGGCAAUGUCGAUGACAGAAAGACCCUAAACGCAUUGUAUUAGCCACACCGUAGUCUCGAUAAAAUAAAAAAUUACGUCCAUAUUUGAUUAAGUUAAAUACAAAAUGUGGCAGCUCCCUAGAAGUUCACCCUUAACCAAACUUACAUGUGUGGCAAGUCAAGUGGUACCAAAAUACUUCAAAGUAAAUCACGUGCUACGAGUGUUCUACGUUUGUACAUUCAAGAUGGCGGAGUCAUUGUCCCUCUUAUUUGUACUGACGUCAUCCAAUGCGUCAGUCUCACGUCAAGUUGUGUUGACAGCAGCGACCGCAAUAGUCGCCCAAGAGCCACAGUCGGUACUAGUAGUGCCAAAUGGAGUAGUCUCCAGCGAUCAUUUCAGCCAACGCAUUUCCGACAAAUCGGACGCACUACUUAAACGUCCCCACAACGACACUAUGGCAGACGAGCAGUCCACACAAUCCUGGUCCAUCGACAAGGAUGACUACGUUCUCAACGAGGUGAUAGGCAGUGGAGCCACUGCAGUGGUCCAAGCAGCCACCUGCAAGCCCAGAAAGGAGAAGGUGGCCAUAAAACGCAUCAACCUUGAAAAAUGUCAAACGAGCAUGGAUGAGCUCCUGAAGGAGAUCCAAGCAAUGAGCCAGUGCCACCAUCCCAACAUUGUGUCGUACUACACCUCCUUUGUGGUGAAGGAUGAACUCUGGCUGGUCAUGAAGCUGCUCAGCGGUGGGUCAGUCUUGGACAUUAUCAAACACAUCAUCUCACGUGGCGAGCACAAGUCUGGAGUGUUAGACGAGGCCUGCAUCGCCACCAUCUUGAAAGAAGUAUUAGAAGGGCUGGAAUACCUUCACAAAAAUGGACAGAUUCAUCGUGAUUUAAAGGCUGGAAAUAUUCUUCUUGGAGAUGAUGGCUCAGUUCAAAUUGCUGAUUUUGGUGUGAGUGCCUUUCUAGCAGCAGGCGGGGAUAUGACCAGAAACAAGGUUCGGAAGACAUUUGUGGGGACGCCUUGCUGGAUGGCCCCUGAGGUCAUGGAGCAGGUCCGUGGUUAUGACUUUAAAGCUGACAUCUGGAGUUUUGGGAUCACUGCCAUCGAGUUAGCCACAGGAGCAGCACCAUAUCACAAAUAUCCACCAAUGAAGGUGCUGAUGCUGACGCUGCAGAAUGACCCACCCUGUCUGGAGACGGGCAUCACUGACAAGGAGAUGGUGAAGAAAUAUGGCAAAUCCUUUAGGAAGAUGAUCACUCUGUGUUUACAGAAGGACCCAGAAAAAAGGCCAACUGCAGCUGAGUUGCUUAAGCACAAAUUCUUCACAAAAGCUAAGAAUAAUGACUACCUGCAGGAGAAACUGCUACACAAAGGUCCAUCAAUAACAGAUCGGUCAAAAAAGGUGAGGCGUGUUCCAGGAUCCAGUGGGCGUCUCCACAAGACAGAGGAUGGUGGUUGGGAGUGGAGUGAUGACGAGCUAGACGAGGAGAGCGAGGAAGGCAAAGCUGCUGUGGCAGCUCUGCGGUCGCCCAGAGUGAGGGACGGGUCUCAGACUACAGAGAUUUUCCCAUCACCAGACGGCUCUAGUGCUCACCUGAAGCCGCCUCCUACAGUCAAUGCGAAUGUUACUCCUGUGGGACAAAGUAGCGAAGACAUUCCACCACAAGCUCCCACUCCAGCUCAAACAGUGAGCCCCUCACAUGGACCCUCCACUCAGGAUCCCGUUGUAUCUGAUGCCAGCAUUCCCAUCAGCCUCGUCCUGAGGCUGAGGAAUCCAAAGAAGGAACUCAAUGACAUCAGAUUUGAGUUCAUGUCAGGCAGAGACUCUGCUGAUGGAGUGUCGCAGGAGUUGGUUUCAGCCGGUCUGGUUGAUGGGAGAGACUUAGUCAUUGUUGCUGCCAAUCUGCAAAAGAUUGUGGAUGAUCCUCAUAGUCACAAAAAUGUCACCUUUAAGCUGGCAUCUGGUGUGGAAGAGUCUGAAAUUCCCGACGACAUUAAACUUGUCGGCUUCGCGCAGCUGAGCAUUAGCUAAAUCAGAGAUUACGCAGCGAACGACAGCAACUACUGGUAAUGCACUGCUGCAUGCUAGUCAAUUCUAUGACGCCACUGCUGCCAAAGAGAGGACGACGACGAGACGUGAAGCUGGCUAAAAAGUGCGACACUGCGGCAGGAUGCUCGAGGACCACAUGGAGAGGAGGUUCAGUUCAUCACAGGGACACACUUGAAACGUUUACAGUGCGCCUAUUCAUGGGAGAGAACAUGCAAUCAAUUAUUAACUCCUCCGUCGCCCCCCCAUCCGCCCUCCCCACCCCACCCCCUUCUUCAUUCAUAAGCACAACCCAAACCAUCUCCUGUCAGUACUGGAAACGAUGCCUUCCUCUUCUUUUUAUCUAACAUUUUUAGGUUAAAUAAACUGUGCCACAUAACUCACACCACCUUAAAAUGUCACCUUAUGCUACACUGAAUUUGACCAGUGAAAAUUAAGCCUUAGUUAAUUAACUAUACACUACUACCAGUACAAUUGAUGAACUUCUGAUGUGGAAAUUAUACAAUUUAGAGAGAACAUUUCUUUUUAAGGCAAAUCUCGAACAAUACUUCUCCCCUUACAGUGGAAACAACCAAAGAAAUCAAUCAGGCUUUGACUGCACCAAUUAACUCAUCCGUUUGGCUGCUUUGGGUCACAAUUUCAGUUGCGUUACUCAAGUUGGAGUUUUCAAAAAUAAAUGUCGACUGGCCUGAUAUUUUUAUCCUAUGCAAUAUUUGUUUUCACUGGAUGUUACGCUGUUUGCGACUCGCGAUUCUCUUUGGCUGAAUGAAGUCUUUCUGUACCUCAACAUUUCAAAGUGUCAAGCAGCACGGUAGCUCCUCAACUGAUUGAUUUUUCCUAAAGCAUCCCAGCAAAGUGAAUUCUUGACACAUCUACGGGUCAUGUUUGCUUUAUUAUGUUUGAUAUUUUUAACGUUCAAGUGGUAAUAUUGCGUUUUCAUUUCAUUGCUCUACCAGCUUUAGGGAAAUCCUUAAUGCAUCCGGGUGGUGUCGAGUCCACGCUGGUUUGGCUCGCAAAGGCUGCCAGGUUUUCAACGUCACUGGAGGUGUACGGCAUCAGAAACUGCAAAUGUUUCACCAAAGUAAAGGGGCACUUCACCCAAAUGGCAUUCAGCGCCCUUGCUAUACGGCCAUACUAAUUAAUGGCUCCAAAUAGUCAGUGUGUAGCCAUUGUAAACUAUUAAUUCACACAACAUAUGGCCUUCCACAAUUUUAUCUAUGGCAGACUUGCUCGAGUUUGCCAAUGUUGAAUAGAUUGCGUUGGAAUUGGGGUUAUUUUAACCUCUGAGAAAGUGGCAACAAGUCCAGGUUGUAACCCAUCUCUCAGCCAAAGUCAGCUUGGAAAAGGCACAACACAAAACCGAUUAAUUGGUUGUUCUUUACAGGAUAUAUUGGAAUUACUUAGCCUGUGCCAACAUCCUCAUUUGUUUCAUAGUUGAGGAAAAAUGUUCUGCCCAUGAGUUUUCUUUUUUGACCUGCUAGCAUGACAGCUGAAUACUUAUUGAAUGUGUUUGCCCUGUAAACCUACACUUUCAUUAUAGAAUUGUUAUGAAGUGUGUUUCAAAUGCCAGCCAGAAAUAUGUAUUUAGGUGGAGUGACCCUUCCUAGAAAAGUAUAGGUGCCUAGCAGGUUUUGUGUGUUUGGCCAUAUUUUAGCGUAUUUGCUGUCCAAACACUCCUCCUUUGGCCACUUGUCACUCCGUGUCGCGGUCUGCUUUAGUCGUACCACGCGAUGGGGCUGCCUUGAAGCUGCUUCUUCAGGUACCGACGUAAACUGGGUGGAAAGAAUGAUUUACAUGUAUGUAUGUUGCAACUCCGAGAACUGUCACAUACGUUUAUUUUAUUUUUAUUUUUUUAAAUUGUUGAUGCAUUUGACUGUUAAAACGUGUACAUGCCCGCAUAAAACGACUUGUAAAUGUUGAUUCUGGAAAACAGAUGGUGAGCCUGAUUAUUAUUAUUAUUAUUAUUAUUUUUUUUAAUUAUUAUUAUUAUUAUAUAACUCCUCGAGCCAAAAGAGUUUUUUUGUUUUGUUUUCUGCGAUUUGCCUUUCUCAUUUGUGUCACUAAUCAUGCACAAAUUGGUUUAAGUGGCACCUUAUUGAUAUGUUAACGUGUAUUGUAUCUGUUCUAAGCAGAUGUUGUUUUUUUUUCCCCCAUGUAAACCUGUGCAAACCUGUUUGAGAAGACGUCAUAUAACACAAUACAUUUGUGUGUGUUGCGUUUGCGCUGGUGUGUGUAUUUCUGGUGUUAUCUAAAUACCCUGCUUUUUUUUAUUUAUUUAUUUUUUAACCUAAAGGAAAGUUUUUAGUUUUUUUUUUUGGCUCAUCACAGUCAUGAAAGCAUUAGCAUUAUUUGAAUCAAAUGAUGGCAACAUCACAUUUUGAAAUAUUUGUAUUCAAUUGUAUACAUUGUCAAAUGCUAAUUUGAACUGGAACUUGUGAUUUCAAUACCAGUUGUAUCCUUUGAUCUAAAAUAUCACCACGUGCAGAAUGAUUUUUGGUUGAUGAAUAAAGCCACAGUGGAGUUAAUAAACAAA